UCCAGUUCGAGUUAAUGGUCUUGACAGUGAGUUGUGUUUUAAACGUCUCCGUUCAAUAUUUUGUUAGAAAGUGCAGAAUUUCGUUGUAUCAAAGUUUCUGAAGGUAGGAAAGUGUAUAUUUACGAUGUGGGACGUUUAAAGUAUGUAAGGAACCGUUUGUAUUCGCGUAUUUGUAUUUAAAAUUCGAUGAAUUCUGUAUAUAGUAUUUAGUUGUUAUUGCUAAUGUGUUAUGUAAAGAGGCCAGGGGGUGCUUGGGCGUUUUGUAGAUCGCACGGGGGGAACUGUACAGCCGUUAAGUUCGGUCAAAGUUACGACAAGGGAAAAAUUAUAGCUAAAACUCUAUUUUGUUAUUUCAAACGAUUAAAAACACUUCGCUAAGUCUCGUCAUUGUUAGCAGCGGCUUUUAAACUUGACAUUUCAGGUCAGGAACAAACAUUAAUAUAAAAAAAGGAUUUUCUAGAUGGAAAUGGAACCUAACCAGGACUCACGAACAUUUGCGAUAUAAAUGUAUAAAAUCCCACUACAAAACCAUUUUAGAAUUCGUUAUUUCGAUUGUAGAUACCAUGAAAAAUCCUUUGUGAUAUUUGGUAUUUUAAUUUUUUCAUCAAUUAAAUGAUAUUUUCUAUACCAUAUAGUUACUGUGACCUGUGGGUGCUAGAACAUCGUUUGUAAAAAUCUGCAAGGAAUAAUAAUAGAUUGAUGAAAAAUCAUGAAAUUUGCCUGCGACAUUUUGCCAAGCAGUGAAGGGCUGGCACAGUUGUUAAGAAAAAGUAAAGUACAUUCAACUGUUGUUUAUAGAAACCAUUGCAACUAUUUCACUAAUUUCAGUGUGUAAGAAUUAGUCAACCAAGAUGGCGCCCCAUAACACCUAAUUAAUGACGUAACAAAGAAAUUUGGGGGGUCGUCAAAUGUUAUGUUUGACCAAAAACUCUGUUGAGUAAAGCUUUUAAAAAGCCAGAGUUAUAACAAAGUGCCAUACAUAUUAGUAAUCCUAUAGUACUAGCUGUUGACUUAGCCGCCAAUAAUAUUUGUUUAACUAUAAACAUCAAGCAUUUAAUUCACUUGAACUAAUGGUCAUAUAAUGCAUUAGUAAUAUACCUCUACGAUUUGUGAAUUUUUGUGUCAAAUGCAUUGGGAAAUUUUAGUAAAGUAAACUAACUGUAUUUAUACUGGAUAGCUCUAUCAUUUCUUAACUAUUCUUCCUAUAGAGGUCCAGUGAGGGAAACUCCUUAUUAAUUCAGUGUUAAUACCACAGGAGGAAACCUGAACUAAACUAACUUUAUUUAUGCUGGUAGCUCUAUAAGUUCUAAACUGCUCUUCCGAGAGGUCCUGUAAAGGUCAUCUCUUAUUGAUCCGUAGACAGUCCAACUGAAAAUACUCUUAUAAUGAGUGUACCAGGAACUAAUAUAGGAAUACCAUUUGAAGCAACAUUAGAGAAUUUGCAUACCAAAACAUCCUCAAUCUUUUAAUCUUUGAAUUUCCAAACAUCUCCUACUUAAAGAGAAAAAACAAAUACAGUUUAUUUUCACUGGAUCAAUAAGAGAUGAUCCCUACUGGACCUCUAGGAAGAACAGUUUAGAACCAAUAGAGUUAUCCAGUAUAAAUCAAGUUAGUUUAGUUAUAGGUUUCCUCCUGUAGUAACACUGGGAAAUGGCCUUUGCUGACCUGAAGAAGGGGAGAUUAAAAGUUAGAACUGAUAGGGUUAUCCAGUCCAGGUGAAAAUGUUUACAUAAGUCAACACUCGUUGCAGACUGUAAACUGGUACCACCUAUAAACCCUUUUAUCCAUUACCCAAACAGAUUUUUUAUAUUUCUGACAUGUUUUCUGGCAAGUGAUGAGUCUUGGAUGGCUUUAAUUACAGUGUUAAUCAUGACCCUGCAGCCCUCUUUAUAUCUUUACACACAACACGUCGACAGCACGCCUAUCUACAAAUACCAGAUGCUGUAGACUCGCUGUUUCCACCCUGCUGUCACACAUUUCCCGCGUUUGUUUUCAAAGAUAACGUGUUAUCAGCCCGUACAAGGUUUAUUUUGACGAAACGCGGAAACGCCGAGUUAAAUGGCCCCAAACUUGAAGCAUUUUGAGUCCAUUAGUGGCUGAGACAGGGAGUCUGGUUGUUUUGAGUAAUGGCCCUUGAUACCUCUCGUGGAAUGAAUUACAUAAAUAUAGGUUCUCAAGAUCUUUGGAAAUUGGGUCUUGUCUGUUUGGGUGGGCGUUUGGGGGUUAAGCAUGAUUAGGUAGUACAUGUUCUGGAAUGUAGUUAUGUAGGUUGCUGAAUUAAGAAUGGUUAGAACAUAAUCUUGAUUAUAUAAGCUACCUUAAAGUGAGCUGAUGUUGUAUGCAGAGCUCUCGUAUUAGCAGAGUUAAACAUGGAUAGAUCAUACAGAAGUUGUAUAUGUUGUUGAAUGUAAGAUAUCUUUAAUUGAUCUGAUUUUGUACAGAAUUUAUUUUAGUAGAGUUAAGUUUCUCUGAGUGAAGCAUAGUUAGAUCAUACAUAGGUAGUAUACAUGUUCUUGAAUGUAGGCUAUCCCAAAGUAAUUACUUUUACAAGUACUAACAAAUUUAUAUGAGAAGGUAAUAUUUCUUAAAUCUAAGUAACGAUUGGCUGGGCAAGGGGCUACUAUUCAGUUAUACAUCAUCUAAAUAGUAUUUACGUUAGAUAGCCACAUGGCAUGAAUGUUAUCUUGCGAUAUCUGCUAGACACUUUUAAAACAGAGCUUGUUUUUAGUUCAUUUCUGAAAGCCCUAAUGGACAAGCUACAAAUAACGAUGUUAAUUUCACUCCCACCUGCAGUGCGCGUUGCCUCUCAUUGGUCGAAACACUCAACACUUAAUUAUAUUUUGAGCAGAUGCGCGAUAGUGGCAUUUUCAGAACUUUUGUUUUAAUUGCUUCAAGUUUACUUUCGAUUAACGCGCGCGAUAAAUGACUGAGUUUGCGGGAGAGGGAGGCGUAUAGUAAGUCCUGGAUUGUAGUUGUGGAGUCAUAUUUAAGGAAAACGUCAGAAUGGGUUGACAUGAGGAAUAUGUGAAGUGUUGCGCAGCCCUAUGCAUGCAGUUGUAUGACAAAUGCGUCCGUCCUGUAGUAAAACUGAAUAGAUCUCUCGUCUCUAGGAAGAACAGUUUAGAUCUGAUAGAACUAUCCAGUCAAAAUAUAAUUAUUUCAUGUUAAAACUACUUGAUCAUGGUGGGAUUUGUACUCGGGUAGAAUAUACAUAUUGGAUGAUAAUCUCCAAGAGAUGUCCACACCAGACAAGUAGAAAACUACUUGAUCAUGGUGGGAUUUGUACUCAAGUUAUACCCUCACCAAACAAGUAGAAAAAUAGUUGAUCAUGGUGGGAUUUGAACCGACUCAGGUAGAUUAUACAUAUCGGAUGAUAUUCCCAAGAGUCAAGAGAUGUCCACACCAGACAAGUAGAAAACUACUUGAUCAUGGUGGGAUUUGUACUCAACUAGUUAUAAAGUUAUAUCCUCACCAAACAAAUAUCAUGGUCAUGGUGGGAUUUAAACUCAUGUGGAUUAUAUAUAUUGGAUGAUAUUCUCCAAGUGAUAUAUAUCCACACCAGGCAAUAGAAAACUACUUGAUCAUGGACAUGGUGGGAUUUGUACUCGAGUAGAUUAUAUAUAAUGAGUAUACAGAAAACUACAUGAUCAUGGUAGGAUUUAUACUGGGGUAUAUGUAUAUAUUGAGUGAUGUUUUUUGGUCGACACCAAGCCAACAGCAUAAUUUUUCACAAAACAUGAGCCAUUAUGGGGCAUUAUGUACACAAAAAUACUGAGACCCGGUCCUUUCUCUGUUCCAGAAUCCAGUUCCGAGUCCGUAUUCACAAUACAGGUCUUAUACUGCCCCACCACUAAGUCUAUACUCAAAAUAGCUCGCACCACGGCAUAUUGCAUUUGGCCUUAAGACCGUAAUUAAGGAGAAUUGUUCGUUAAGUAAACUCAAUUCGAAUUUAAAUCUCGUAUACUUUCGCUAGAACAAAAUUGGGCUCAUUACGAUAGCCGCUUUUGAAUUCGAGACAAAGAACUUGUGAAAUUAGCGAACCAUUUGGCGCCAAAAUAAGUUUGCUCUUUGAUAUUAUGAAAAAGCUUUUAAGAACAUGCCAUGUUGUGUUACAUUGCCAUAGAAUGCGUAGGACGUGCAUAAACUUUUAAACAUCGCAGAAAAUUAGCAGUAUUAUAAUUGUUGUGUCAAAAAGAUUCGGACGAUUUUCGGCAUUCCAUGGAAAGACUGAUGUUCAAUUGGUGUGCUCAUAAUCAAUAUUGUACUGAUAUAAUGUUUUUGCUCUAGCGGUUUCCCAAUUGUCCUUUUAGCGCGAGAACAUUGCCACAAUGUUAAUUUGUUAGUGAGUGUUUAGUUGAGAAGUUUCAAGUGCUUUUUCUAUGCUUAGCGACUUGCUCGCAUUGCUCAUCAUGAAUUGAUCCUUACUGGACCUCCAAGGAGAACAGUUUAGAACUCAUAGAGCGAUCCAGUAUAAAUAAAAUUAUACCCUCGUUGCCAGAGGUUCUCAUAUUUUUCGCUCGUGUCACUGCCUUGUAUAGUUUACAAAAUGGGAGGCUUGGCAAUAGUAUCUAUUCAGUUGAAAAAUGCAUACUUUCAAGAGUACCUUUUAAUUUUUUUAUUUAAAUUAACCAAUGCGCUGGCUUUUAAUUACAUUACAGCGCUUGAUUUAAAAGAUGCCAUUUACAUUUCAUUAACAGAAGGGGAUGUAUUUUUAUAUAGCUUUUAAUGACCAGCGUAGGCGCAAUUAUAAUUCCAUUUAUUUUAAAAUGAUUUUUGUUCCUGAGUGGCUGCUGAAAAACGAAUUUUAUCUACAUAUAUUCAAAAAAUGAAUUCUGAAAGCAAUUAUUUGAUAACGGUUUUGGUCAGAAAUUCAGUCGAAACACAAAUUGUUUGUUGAUCCCGUUUUGGAACAUAAUGUGCUUUUGCUAGUUUCAGAUAGAUCGGGUCUGUUUCUAGAUGAAACGUAUCAGCGCGCGUUUGAGUGCAGUAAUACGCCGAGGCCGAGACAAGCUUUCGAGUGUCGUGUGGUCGGCAGCUUGCACCUGUUUGAUUUCUUCCGUUCUAGGUUUAGUAUCUUCACGUCUCUUUCCACAAUAUCUUUCCAUCUCAUUCUCUGUCUCCCAACUUUUCCUCGUCUUUCAAUUGAAUGUCUCCAUGCCACUUUGACUGGAUCUCCCUCUACAUUAUAUGCUGGACAUCCUCUUCACUUCGGUUUAGUACCCUGGUGUCUUUUUUUUCACAAUAUCUCUCUGUCUGAUCCUCUGUCUCUUAACUUUUCCUCGUCUUUCAAUGAAAUAGAUGUCUUCCUGGGUCACUCUCUACGCUAUAUUCUUUGGUUUAGUACCCUCAGAUCUCCUUCCGUCCACACUUUCUCUCCGUCUCAUCCACUAUCUCUAAACGUUUCCUCGUCUUUCUAUUAGAUCUCUCCAUGCUACCUUAACUGGAUCACCCUCUAUACACUACAUUCUUGGAAAGGAUAUUCUUUUGUCUUUGGUUUAGUACCCCUAGAUUUAUUUCCACAGUAUCUCUCCAUCUCAUCCUCUGUCUUUUGGCUCUCUAUUGAACUAUUUUGAUUGGAUCUUCUUGUACACUCUAUCCUUGACCAUCCUCUUCACUUUGGUUUAGCACCCUCGUUUCUCCUUCUGGACUCUGUCUUUGACAAGGAUCUCCUUUUGUCUUUGGUUUGGUAUCUUCAUGUCUCUUUCCACAAUAUCUCAUCCGCUGUCUCUAAACUUUUCCUCGUCCUUCUAUUGGAUGUCUCCAUACUACCUUGAUUGGAUCACCCUCUACACUCUAUCCUUAACAAGGAUAUUCUCUUGUCUUAGGUUUAGUAUCUUCGUGUUUCUUUCCACGAUAUCUCUCCAUCUCAUUCUCUGUCUAUAAACUUUUACUCCUCUUUCAAUUCGAUGUCUUCAUACUGCCAUGAUUGGAUCUUCCUCUACACUCUAUCCUGGCCAUCCUCUUCACUUUGGUUUAGUUCUGUUUUCACAAUAUCUCUCCAUCUUAUUCUCUAACCCUCAACUUUUCCUCGUCUUUCUGUUCGAUGUCUCCAUGACUGAAUCAACACUCCAGGCGGCUUAACACCCUUUUACCUCUGUUCACAAAGUUGAAUUAACUUUUUUUAAUUUUUUUUAAAAAUUUAUUUAAACAUUUUUAUUGUACAGCGUUUGCCCUGUGAGCAAUGGCUCAUCAAGAGGGCUCACGCAAAUUUAACAAAGAACUUUAUUGUCAACCUCGUAAUUUCCCCUUCAGGAAGUGCUUGAAACCAAACACUGUAGAAGUCAACCUUUCUUUAUCCUUCACAUUUUAUCAAAGCUCCGUAUUGAUAGGAUAUAAGAAAAUAUUGAUAGGUAUUUUCAGGUAGUUCCAUCAAUCCACUACUUGUACUGGCACAGAUAUGGCACAGACCGCUUAAGUUUACAUUUUAUCCACGCUCCUCUGCUCUCGACAACCCACGCCUUAUAUAUCCUCCACACGAAAUGACAAAACAUCUCGCUAAUGUGUUAUUUAAUUAAUUCCUGAAGUGAAGUCUCGAUAUAUCAUGGCAAUAAUUACGCGUUUUGUUAUAGCGAUAAGGUUUCUAACUUAAUUGCGAUUUGUGACUUCCUGGGCCAAUCAGCGUGGCCCGACUUGUCCAAUUCAAUUUGAUGGGAAGCUUGAUUAAAGUUAAUUUAGACUCGGGCUAUGAUGAGCAGCACUUCUGCCCCGUCAACUUGUUAUCAAGAUUAUUAUAUUUAACAAACAGGCUUCGCCUUUCCGUUGGCAGUAUGCUUUGGGUUCCGCGCUAGUCUAUAGCUCUGUAUUCCACCGCUACAUCUAGUCGAAGUUUCAUCUAAACCGGGCUAUCAAUUCAAUUGUCCUAAAGAAUUGCUGUUUGUACGCUGAUGAGCUGUGUGAAUUGUACUAAUAUAAACUACCAAACCACUAAAGAUGCAGUCCUCCCGAAGUAAGUAAAAUAAACAUAUGCUUCCAAUUGUUUAUACGGCAAAACGUUUCAAAUCAGGAAUCGGUUCUAUACAGACUGUUCGAUUCGCAAUAUAAGCUAUUAGAGUAGUCUUAUUUUAUAAACUAUACCUAUAAGGCAAAAGGAUGCGAUGUCAUUCAACGCGCAAUAUAGCACAUUUACACUUCUUAAUUUUACAGCUAUACAGUAAAAGUUAAACUUCCUUGUAACUCUUGAGUUUCAGCACACAGACAAGUGUACUCGAAUGUAUUCAAGAAUCAGUGUUCGUAUAGCCUUAAAAGCGCUCUGGAACGUAUAGUUUAAGUUACAAACGAUGAUAUAAUUCCUUCGCCACUAAACACCGUAUAUAGAAUCUGUCCUCACGUCUUAUUAGUUCUGGAGGCUAUUUAAUAUAAAUGUAUUUGUUGUCGUGUUGACUUAGCUAGCUAGUUGUCCAAUAAAUCAUGUCGCUUUCAUUAAAGUCCAAAUUAUUUGUGUGAGUCGAGCAGUUUUGUUUGUAGAGUAUAGCGGUUCACAGGCCGUAGUUUUAGCAGAAGCACGUCAUAUUGACAAAUGGUCAAAUUCCCGUAUUGAUUGCGUCAGUACGCUGUAAAACUCGUAAUUUGGGCACAAAUGCAUCGGAUUACUAUAUUUAUAUUAAAAGCGCUUAGAUUAUUCUGUUCCCUUAUUGCUAUAUUUUCCUUAUUAUAUCGUGUCUGAAAUAAAUGUUUCUGCUAUCUCCAGAUUAUAGGCUUGGAUAUAGAUAGUGAUUUUAAUGUUCGAAACUAGAUAUUGCAAGCAUAACGACUCAUGUAAAUUUUGUAUUAUUAUAAUUUUAAUAUAUGUUUCAUUUGCGCCCGUCAAUUUUCUAUAAGCCACAAACUGUUUAGAUAAUGCGGAUUAUAUAUCCGCACUGCGGUCGUUUCGAAAUUAGUUAUUUCACCGAAUUGUUUGCGAGGCGUUGCGAAAACGCGGAUUGCGGAAUGUGGAAGAACGUGAUUGUGGAAUGCGGAUUGCAUUGACGCGGAUGGGGAAAAUGUAAUUAUGAGAGGACAUUAUACAUACCAAUUGUAUCCGAUAUCGUGUAACUAGGGCUUACGUUUAGAACUAAUAGAGCUAUCCUGUAUCAAUAAUAAGUUUUUUUUCUGUUUAUUUUUUCAACUCUUUUGUUAUUGCGUCCAAGCUAAGUAAAGGUUAUCAUAAAGUCAAGUCAGCCUUGGAAAAUUAUCUCGGCUCAUAUAACUUCAAAUAAACAACGUUUCAGUCAACAAAACAUUUCUUAUCCAAAAACAUACUGUCCCGCCUUUGCAGCAUAUCUUUUUGUGGUUGACUUAUUGUUGUUGUCAGUAAUUUUUUUACAUUCGCUUAACCGGCUUAUUUGUUGAGUGACACGUUCAUAUUACAUUUUCAUGUGAGCAUAAAAAGAAACAGGAAAAUCGGUUGGGUAUGCCGGCCAAUUGCCCGAUUUAAACUAGAGGAUGAUGUCUCGACGCAUCGUCCUAGCCUCUGACAGAUGUUUUAGUUCUUAGUGUAAACAGAAGACGAACCAGGUCGCGUUAUUCUGAUCAUUCCUGAUAUUUUCCAGAUAUGUUUUUGUCCAGUGCCGUAUUUAUUCACACGUAGCAUCGGUCUAGACGGACUACACGCACAAAAUUAUCUGUGUACGCAAGUUCGAGAGAAUCUACAACUAAAAGGCGUGUAUUUUAAGAUGACAGAUUCUUGCUAGCCUAUAGGCUAUAUACUUCAAGCUGUAUAGGCUUUUAGGCCGUAUAAGCCGUAUAGGUCGUAUAGGUAGCAGUCUUCAAAUGCAUGGAUUUUCACAAGCCUUGCUACAUGUUAUUGCUUGUGAACUCAUUCUUUUUUUCGCUUUAUUUCAGAUAUGUCUUGUGAGAGCAAAUCAAAAAGUUGUGCAGCAUGUGGAAGAACGAUUUUGGAAAGAUUUCUCUUGCACGCUCUUGACAAAUACUGGCAUAUGGAUUGUCUUCAAUGCUCGUGUUGUAAUGUAAGGCUGGGCGAGGUUGGGACUUCUUGCUUUUCUAAAGGAGGAAUGAUUCUCUGCAAGAAUGAUUAUUUAAGGUAAGAAAGAUGGUAUAAACCAGUUGUAUUUACUAAACUAGUUUUAUUUAUAUAAAUGGAUAGCCCUAUCAGUUCUAUUUGACAAAUUCUACAAGCCUAAACGUCAAACUGUUGGUUCUCAGUGUAGGCAGUGGUCUUGAAACACACGUCCUUUGUGGUAGAUUCUCACCAGUCUAAACUUCAAACUGUUGGUUCUCAGUGUAGGUAGUGGUCUUGAAAUACACGUCCUUUGUGGUAGAUUCUCACUAGCCUAAACUUCAAACUGUUGGUUGUCAGUGUAGGUAGUAGUCUUGAAUUACACGUCCUUUGCGGUAGAUUCUCACUAGUCUAAACGUCAAACUGUUGGUUCUCAGUGUAGGUAGUGGUCUUGAAAUACACGUCCUUUGCGGGAGAUUCUCACUAGUCUAAACGUCAAACUGUUGGUUCUCAGUGUAGAUAGUGGUCUUGAAAUACACAUCCUUUGUGGUAGAAUCUCACUAGUCUAAACUUCAAACUGUUGGUUCUCAGUGUAGGUAGUGGUCUUGAAAUACACGUCGUUUGCGGUAGAUUCUCACUAGUCUAAACUUCAAACUGCUGGUUCUCAGUGUGGGUAGUGGUCUUGAAAUACAUGUCCUUUGUUUUAGACUGUCGCUAGCCAUCAAAACCUAUUUGACUAUAAUAUACAUACUGCUAUUCGACACGACAUUUUAAUAACCUAAAUCCAUUUCUAUUAAAGAGUACACUUUUUCAAUAAUUUUACAUACAAAUGAAUAGACAGUUUAAUCCCCCCUUUAUUUCCGCUUCAAUUUUAAAGAGUUAAGUGUUUACCGACCACUGUUGUAUUGGAAAAUUAAAAACUGUUCUUCAUUUAAAUUUCAAAAUCACCACUUCAGGAAUAUGUUAAUUAACUCUCAGAAUUACACGCCAAACUUUGAAAAAAAUAGCACGAAAUAGACAAAGUGAAAAUAGCUAAUUCAUCUAUACUAGCAUCGUUUGACAAAAUCCCUCAGAUAAUUUUGUGGUUAAGUUUAAUACCUAUAUAGCAGAAACGUUUGAGAUAAUAUUUUGCCAGCGACCACAAACGUUUGCUUUUCAGCCAUUUGCAAUUAUUUUUGAGUUGAUUUUAUCUCAAUUGCGCUGACAGAUCGCUCUUCUGAUCUUAAAGACUACAAUUCUUCAUUACCAACGGCGGAAAAUAGUUAAUAUAUCUCGCUCAUUUAAUGUCUUUAAUGGACGGCUUUCAUUUUGCGAACAAUGGCUUUAAUACUUUACACUAAUGAAAAAUCUCGUGUAACAUUUAGGAAAGCGUUUUAAUUGGUCGGCUUUGACACUUGAUUCGUUUUCGAGUUGUUGUGUCAGAAUCUUAAUGAUUUACUUUCAUCUCAAGCAAAACCCAUUACGUUCGAAGCGUAAUUAAAUCCGAGAAACUUAAUAAGCUUUUAGCGGUUUGUUGACAUACCCUGUUUCUAUUAGCAGCAUGUGCUUCAGUUGAAGAACAGGGGACCCGAAUGAACUGCUUGGGUGACCCACUGAUCUCUACGAUUAACCUGGGACGCGCAUAUGUGAUCUAAGCCCCGGAGUUUAUCGAGUUCCUCACUCAUUCGUCAGUAGAAGGUCGAACCUGUAGAGAUCGCAAAUCAGUUCUAAUGAAGACGUUAUCCGGAUCGUAUCAAUGAUCAACUUUCUGACUUAGCUAGUUGAUCCAUUGUCGACAUUGUAUUGAUGUGAAGACUUACGCCCGUAUUCUAAAAGCUCACUCAUACUCAAUGAGUUCCAUUAACUUUGAUGAGUGGAAGUUCAACUCUGAGAUUCUCUCGAGUGUCAUUGCUGUUUUUGAAUAGCUGAAUGGUUAGUGUCGUACCUUACUAUAUGACCACUCACCCUCCAGCUAUUCAAAAACAGCACUGACACUCAAGAGAAGCUCAAAUUGAACCUCCACUCAUUGAGUGUGAGUGUGAGUGAGCUUUCAGAAUACGGGCGUUAUAGACAAAGCACUUGGCUAUCGCUCGCUGUAUCUUUCACACAUGUCCAUAGCUACUGUUGCUAAGAACAUCGCCAAAAAAUGGACCAUUCUUCGAUCCAAAUCAGAUUCAAUUUCUUUUCAGAUAUAAAAACUACACUGCGUAAAAAAAAUUUCCUACACUAUAAUUGUCUCUCAUUGCUCUCUGCGCGAGUGGGCGAGAAACUAUGAGAACAUUUAAAUUAAGAUACUGUCUCAGCGGUUUAUCUAAUCUCGCCAAAACACCUUGACGACAAGACGUUUGAAAAAUUAUUGCAUUAGUUUGACGGGGAAGUAGAUGAAGAUUAAACGAAUAUUUUUAGCCUUAGCAAACCUGAACAAACACAGAAACAUGGCUUUAAUAAAUGAACACGUAUCAUUAAAACGUGCGAACACCAUUCGUAUAUAGACACAAGGCACCUUUUAAAUUGUACAUGGGACAAUGGCCGACAUUUACAGCCGGGUAUCUCAUCCAUUAAAAUCCUGACAUUUUAACAACAUUUAGUUCUCAAAACCUAAAACACGAUGCAUUUUUGCAGACGCUAUGAAUUUUCGACGCAUGCACUAAUUUUAAUGACUUAGGGUCGGUUGGUUAUCUUGGAGAAAGCAUUGUUCGAGGUAUUCUUGACAAAACAUUUGGUCAUUGAUUGUUGGCCGUCCGUUAUUUUGAGCCCUGCCGACAUUAACUUUGGAAAUGUACAUAUAUAUACUUUUAAAAUUAAGUGACUGUUUUUACUUUGAUGUUUUUCUUGCCUAUAUUAUGCCGAUAUUGGUACGAAUUUCCCACUUUCAACCAAAAAUUGCUUCGUGUAAUAUCGGCAAUUUUUUUUUAUUUGCACGGCGCCACGCAACGAAAGGUUUUAUAUAUAUACGUAUUCAAUAAGUUCUUUUUCUCCCCCAAACAACAAGAUAUCCACUCAAAAUUUUAAUUAUUUGUCGAACACAUCCAUUAAUUUUUCCAUAGCGUGUAAAGUUAUUAAAAUGAACAAAUUAAGAAUACUCAUUUGAAUGAGAAAACUGAAAACUCAUUACGGGCAUGUAAUGAAAUUGAAUUUGUCUUAUUAAAGUGGCUGUUUUAUCAUUCUUAUUUUAAAAUUUCAAUUAAAUUUAAUGAGCUGUUGUGUACGGGAACAGAAUGGACAGUAAUGCGUUCAUUAGGAAAAUAUCUUUGUCAUGCAUAUUUCAUUUCGUGUUGAUAACAACAAUAUUCGUAUGUUAAUAUUAUAAAAACAAUAUCGUUGAGCCAAUUCAAGUGGUUAAUUUAUAUAGUGCUUGUGUCCUUAGUCUCUGUGACCUGGGUUUGAUUCUUGUAAUAUCCAGUUGUCUGAUUAUAAUUUCACCUCAGUCGCUUCCAGUUUGACUCUACCAAACACCACAUGUAGGUUUUCUAUAGCUAACCAAAUUUUCUCCUGUAAUAAGACUUGACCAAUAGGGACAUAAAUAACGUUAGUUUAGGUUUCCUCCUGUAGUAACAUUGGAUCAAUAAGAGAUGAUCCUUACUGGACCCCUAGGAAGAACAGUUUAGAACUGAUAGAGCUAUCCAGUAUAAAUAAAGUUAAUUUAGUUUAGGUUUCCUUCUGUAGUAUAACAUUGGAUCAAUAUAAGAGAUGAUCCUUACUGGACCUCUAGGAAGAACAGUUUAGAACUGAUAGAAUUAUCCAGUAUACAGUAUACUGUAGAUAAAGUUAGUUCAGUUUAGGUUCCCUCCCGUAGUAACACUGGAUCAAUAAGAGAUGAUCCUUGUUGGACUUCUAGGAAGAACAGUUUAGAACUGAUACGGCUAUCCAGUAUAUAAAUAAAAUUAAUUUAGUUUAGGUUUCCUCCUGUAGUAACACUGCAUGGAUCAAUAAGGGAUGAUCCUUACUGGACCUCUAUAAAUAAAAUUAGUUCAGUUUAGGUUUCCCUCCUGUGGUAAUACUGGAUCAAUAAGAGAUGAUCCUUACUGGCCUUCUAGGAAGAACAGUUUAGAACUGAUAGAGCUACUGUAUCCAGUAUAAAUAAAGUUAGUUUUGUUUAGAUUUCCUCCUGUAGUAACACUGGAGCAAUAAGAGAUGGUGGCUUACAAAUGGCUUAGAAACAAAAAAUUGUAUAAAGGCUCAGACGUAUUUACCCAAACCUCCGCAUUAUCGUUAUCCGCGUUUUUAGCCGUCGUAAUAUAUACAACCAAAUAUAUUGUCCGAAACGGUUCAAUUAAGUAAGUCGAUAACAUCUCUUGACAACUUAUUCAAUUAACACGAGUAAAAUGUUAUUUCGCUGAUACAGAGACUCAUUUUGAAUUCAAAAACAAAAUUAAGCAUUGUUAUUUACUGAAUUCCUCAAAAAGUUCCUCUUAAAUUUCAAGUUACAAACGCAAGGGGAGCUGUAGCCUGCUAAGUCGACAUAAAGAGUUUUUAAAGUGAAAAUUGAAUUGGGAAAGUAGAGUUGAACUCGGAGAAAAAAUUCUUAAGUGAAUAUGGCUUUUCGUUUAAGUGAUGUUUGGACCGCAACAAAUGAAACGCAAUUAAAGAGAUAAUGUGCUUCACUUUAGUAAUUGCACUUAUUGCAUUUUUUUGAAUUUGAUUGUUUUUGCGGCAUUUUGUUUGGGAAAAUUUUGUUGCGGAGUAAUAUGUUAUUCAAGCAGAUGGACAAAGUCGCAAAACUGAUAGAGCUAUCCAGUAUAAAUAAAGUUAGUUCAGUUUAGGUUUCCUCCUGUGGUAAUACUGGAUCAAUAAGAUCAAAGAUGACCUUUAUACUAGACCUCUAGGGACAACAGUUUAGAACUGAUAGAGAUAUCCGGUAUAAAUCAAGUUAGUUUAGUUUAGGUUUCCUUCAGCAGUAACACUAUGGAUCAAGUGAAGAAGAGAUGAUCCUUACUGGACCUCUAGGAAGAACAGUUUAGAACUGAUAGAACUAUCCGGUAUAAAUAAAGUUAGUUUAGUUCAGGUUUCCUUCUGUAGUAACACUGGAUCAAGAAGAGAUGCUUACUGGACCUCUAGGAAGAACAGUUUAGAACUGAUAGAGCUAUCCAGUAUAAAUAAAGUUAAUUUAGUUUAGGUUCCCUUCUGUAGUAAUACUGGACUUAUCUAGUUUAAAUAAAGUUAGUUUGGUUUAAAUAACCUCGAGUAUAAAUAUUUCAGUUUAUUUUAAAGUUCCUCCGUUCUUCUUGCAGGUUAUAUGGUUCGAGUGGCGGCGCAUGUGCAGUAUGUCAAGAGCUGAUCCCUGCGGCUGAGAUGGUGAUGAAGAUACGAGACAAAGCCUACCACAUGCGUUGUUUCACGUGCUGCGCAUGUCACACGAGACUGGUCACCGGAGACCGUAUACACUUUGUAAAUGACAGAAUAUUUUGCGAGAGUGAUUACCCGCUCGCAUUACGAAGUAUGGCCACCACUCCAACUCAACAACAACAGCCUGUAAGUUAACCAUUUUUUAAUUUGAUUCACAAGAAAUACCAGUACCACACGUCUCUUUGGGGUAUAAUCCUUCUUUGGUAAGCAUGAUUAGAUAUAUUGUAUAGUACAUGUUCUUGAAUGUAGGCCACUCCAAUGUGAUCCCCACGUUCGAAAUACAUGUAUGAUCUAACAUUUCUUAACUCAGCAGUGAGUUCUGUACAACAUCAGAUUACUUUAAAAGUAUUCCACAUUCAAGAACAUGUACUACUUCUGUAUAAUCUAACCAUGCUAACUCAGUAGUGAGUUCUGUACAACAUCAGACCACUUUAAGGUAGCUCACAUUCAAAAACAUGUACUACUUAUGUAUGAUUUAACCAUGCUUAACUCAGCAGUGAGUUCUUUACAACAUCAGACCACUUUAAGGUAGCCCACAUUGAAGAACAUGUACUACUUCUGCAUGAUCUAACCAUGUUUAACUCAUCAGUGAGUUCUGUAAAACAUCAAGUCACUUUAAGGUAGCCUAUAUUCAAGAAUAUGUACUACUUUUGCAUUAUUUAAUCAUGCUAAACUCUUUUUUUUUUACUUUUGCAGAUAUUUUGCUAGCUCUCGCCUGAAUAUUGUCAAGUAGAGAGAAAAUAUUACGACUUAAGCACACUGGGCAACGCGAAGUAGGCCAAUGACACAUCUUGCUAACACAAAGAUCUCCCUUGGAAUUCUUCAUGCUCACAGAAAUUGGUUAUUUUGUGACGUUUGAACAUCGAUAACCACCGACGUGCAGCAGAUUGUUGUAGAAAUUAAAUGAAAACGAUGUUGAUUGAUUAAAUUUACUGUGUAAAUAGGAAAUUAUUUUGGACUGUGCUGUAUCGUAGUGAUUUUACCAUUGUCGACUUUUUUGUUAAGGGGAAUUGGCAAUAUAAAUAUUUAUUUUCUCAUUUGAAAGAACUUUUGAAACUAUAUAUAUUAACUUCUUCGAUUUUUCAUAUCUUGCUUAGAUCUUGAAAUAUUUUCACAUGAAGUAAUGAGAUGUCCGCCAUUUUGGAUAAAUUUUUGAUCUCAUUAACGGUAGUUUUGGUAACGUCACAACCGGGAUUAACCAUAUAAAAGUAUUCGCUGCUGAUCAAAUAUUGAUUGGUAGUUGUUUUUGGUAGGUUUUGAGUGAUCUUGAUAUUUCGAAGGGCAGACAGAGUAUAGUUUUGAAUGCAAAAUAAUUAGUAGUUGUCUAGAUAAAAAUAUUGCGUCACCCCUGUUGUGACGUCACAUGCAUAUCUACAAAAAUUGAAGAUGGCGGACAUUUCAUUCCUUUCGAUCAAAAUAUUUGUAGAAGAAAGCAAGAUAUGAAAUGAAGGUAAAAGAGUAUUGUAUAUAAUCUUAAAAUUUCUUUCUAAUGAGAAAAUAAAAAAUAUAUUGCCAUUUCCAUUAAUACACCAUUUCGGUACUUACGUCAUAAAUCUCUCCUUAGCCUGGGAGCAUCAUGAAUAAUGAAAGUUCUGGAUUGAUAUAGGCAUGCAAUUACCUGAAAAAACCCCAGAAAAAUACAAAGAGGACUUCGACGUUUCGAGCGAAGGUUCUUCAUCGGGAAGUUAAAUAACCGACGAGCGAACCGCCGAAGUUCUCCUUGUAUUUUUCAGGUAGUUGUAUCCCUAUCAAUCCGAAGCUUUCUUAAGGCCCAUUUCCACGAACAGAAAAUUUCCACGAACAGAAAAUUUCCACGAACAGAAAAUUUCCACGGACAGAAAAUUUCCACGAACAGAAAAUUUUCCGAAAAUAUCAUUGUUAAAAGUUGAAAAUUUUCAACUUCAAAAUUUUUUUCCCCACGUAAAAUUUGUGUCGGCCAAUCACAUUUUACAAAAUUUUCUUUCUGCAGAAAAUUUUCCUGAGUGGAAAUGGGUCUAUAUUAUGGGCAGUAACUACACAGACACAAACUGUUGAUGAAACAUGAGCCAAUCGCCUCGUGUUCUGAUUCAUGAGAGCAAGGUUUACAGGCCAAGAAAGUAUUCAUGACAUAAGUAUGGAAAAGGUCUACCGUAUAUCACCGACACGCAUGUUUAAAGCCGUUGACACUCAAUUCUCUUCUACGUAUUCAGCGCUUGCAAGUGACGUCACAAUACAUAAAUUUGCCUGAACCCAAAAUGGCAAGAUGUGAAUAUAAUUUUAAUACUGGAUCACCUUUGUUCCAUUCUUAGGCACAUAGGCGUACGGGCCUGAUGCUUUCCGGGAGGGGAGUUGAAAGUUUUCCUGAAUUUGUUUGGAGGAUUGUAUUGAAAUAACCAGAAUUUAACAUAUUUUCUGAUAAAUCUAUGACCAGUAACAUAGUCAUGUGACUUGUCUAAAACCCUGAAUUGUGUAGCAAUGGGCAUAAACAUGUAUUAGACCAGUUUAUUCGCGCAUACAAUUUAAACGCUUGGUUACCUUUGUUCCAUUCUAUGCUUACAUUAUCAGAACAGCGGCAAGCUUGCAUGUGUGUUUUCAGAAAAUGUUAAUUUCGUGACAAUGGUUAUAUAAACGUGCUGAUCCAGUUUUAACAAACUGUUAACAAACAACAGUUGUGUUCAUUUGUGUAUAAUAUGAUAUUGAAAAAGUAUUAUCGUUAAUGUUUCGGUUAUUUACAAAAUUCCAAACUGUGAUAUGGUAAAAAGUUUCUUUGCAAAGUCACUCGGCCAGUUUGUAUAGUGUUUCUAGUUUUUGAAAUAAAAUUGUAGAAAAAUGUCCCGUGUUUAGAAUUAUUAUGUUCACUAUGCAUACGUCACCAUACACGGUUAACUUCGCUAAAUAUAUUAAAUAAUACAAUGUUUACUAAAUUCAGUCGUAAACUUUAUCAUCUUGUCGAUUUUAAAUAAGAUUUUAAACCAAGGCAGGUUCACGUCUAAAACAUCAAAAUCUACAUAUAAUUAAUGCUAUCCUUCAUUGCUUUUUAUGUCCAUGAGGAUGAUUCAGGAAUUCUGAAGUCCAGAUUUAUGGAAAAUGUGAUCGAUGUGUUUUCGCUGGCCAAUAGUAAUCUCUUGAGUUCAGUUAUCUGUCCCGGCCUAACUUGGUUGCAAACCUUCUUUUCUAUCUUUUGUCAUGUUAUCACUUACAUCGUAAUUAGCCUAUCAGCAACGUGCUCCGACGUAGUAGAUCUAUCAUACAAGAUACAUGAAUGCAUGAAACAGCGAGGGGCGCGGUCACUCUCUAAUCAAUUCUGAUGUAAAUGAUAACAUAUUCAUUGUGCCACUGAGUAUGUGUAUUUACCAUAAAGCAUGAAAGACUAUUGUUUCAUUAAACAAAGUUCCAAUAAAUUUCGGAAACUUGCAGUUUAAUGGAGCAAUGUUUAGCUUUAGAGACACGAAGGCAUGAUAGGCUAUCAGUAUUCUUUCAGCAAAGUUGCAUUAAAUCUGGACCAAAAAGAUAUAACCCGAUUUUGUGAGAUACAUAGUAUGUGAAGAUAUGAUGGUCUGGAAUCCCGGUAAACUUCAAAGCCACAAAAUAGAAGAGCUUUGUUUGAUGUUGAACUGUGCCUCGCCAUGCAAAAAUCCUUUGUCUCAACUUCAUUAAAUAUUCUUCAUCGUGGUUGCACGAUUCAUCUCAGCUAUCCCUAUUCGACGAUUACUUCAUCAUACAAGAAUACAAUGAGCUCAAUCACCGUGACUGUGCACAAAUUAACAUAAACUCGGACAAAAGCAUAAUACAAUGCCUUCUGAUGAUAUCUUGAAAGACUAUGGGUGCUUUCCAUUAACACGGCCGGACCGGUCAGAACGGUCAAAUUGUUGAAUGGGACACAAAACAUUUGGGCUUCCGACCUAUCUGACCGGAAAAUUUAGAUAACAUUAGAAUGAGGUCCAUUUUCGCUAGAUAUUUGAGAAACAAAGACCAGAUCUUCCCAUUGAUACAGAGAAAAGAAUUCGGGUCUGACCGGUCAGGCCAUUAAAUGGAAAGCGCCCUAUGAUUUCACAUGGGCGACCAGCACUUGGUUGGGCCAGCCAUGACCAAAUAGAACCAGCGUUAAACGUCCAGAUUGUAAACAUAUCGUAUCAACCAUUCCGUAAGUACUGGAAAAUGCGCACUUCCAAUUUCAUGGAGCUUCAAGAAAUAUGGAAAAUAUAUUUGUCUUUCUCGAUGCAACGAUGCUUCAACGGCAACACUCGAAGCAUCUACGGAGCUAAGCCGAGACCAGCCGUUGCUACCGGCCACAGGAUUUCCGCUGCCCGCUUUGAGUGCAUUGUCAGUUGCUACGGCACCCAAUACGCUUAUUGUUACCGACAUCCUAUUCCCUUUGAGCGCAAUUUCUUGGCGGAGGGCAUUAAAAAAUCCAUGCAAUGCGUGUUUGUUCGAGCAAUACAGAGCGAAGUAGGGAUACGUCACCAGUCCUAGCCCGGAUGAAAUGAUUAACAGGCGACCGCGUGAUGCUUGCAGACUGGGUAGGAAUAAGGUUGCGAGUUCAAUGUAACUGAUUACAUUCACAUUAAAUGCUUUGGCGAUGUCACUGUAAUUUCUGUCCGCCUGCCAGAGUUUGAUUUCGUACAGAAUAUGGUUUAAGACAAGCACAUCGAUUUUAUGAAAGCG